AUGUCGUCCAGUAACUCGAGCCUUCAAUACAGCGCAAGUGAUGACACAGUUCACUGUGUCAGCCAUACGUUCAAGUUGGUAUCAACCAUCGCCAUUUGCUUUAGUGGCUGUUUCAUGAAUGGAUCUAUCCUUCUCGUCCUACUCCGAAAACCACAGCGGUCGAUUGUCAACACAAUCCUUUUUCAUUUGGCUCUCUCUGAUAUGGUUGUAUUUCUAGCUAACGGUCCAUACCUCUUCCUAUCCUACUUUGACCAGAAACUGGCGUUUUCUUCACUGCUAUGCCAAGUCGGUGCCUUUAUUGGCCGUUUUACCACUGCUGUCUCUAUGCACCUAUUGACGGUGAUGUCUCUAAGUCGUUUCUACAGUUUGUUAAAACCUCUAGAAUAUCGUGUCCGUGUAACAGCUACUAAAGCCAAAAGGGUGUGCAUUGGAGCUUGGGUGAUAACCUUUUGGCAGUCUCUGACUCCUGUUCUUGGAUGGGGCAAGUACACAGUGAUAAAGGGGCAGUGCUAUUGUGCGUUGGACUCCUCUGAACACAUGUCUAAUUGGUUUGCUCAUCUACUGCUGGCUUUUGCCAUACCUUUGACCUUAAAUGCAUGGAUCUUUGCACGAACCUUAAGGCUGGUAAAUUUUAAAAUUCGCGAUGCGAAAAAAGGUAGAAUCUCAGGAGGACCAGAAAAGAAGGAGACAAGUCUUUUAAAUAAAGGGGAGCGAGAGUGUACCAGCUCUGUAGAUAAUGAGAGAAAUACUGGUAAUGUCCUGCCAAAUAAAUAUGCUAGUGUCAACAACCGAAACUUAGGUAACAUGGACAAGGGAACCAGGGCAUUUGAGGAAGAAGGAGCCACAAAUAACCCAGAUGAUAUCAAAAUAAAAGCCAGGAUUAAUGAGCACCAGUACAAAUCAGAAGAAAUGGCAGUCGUUAUUCAGGGCUUUGUGGCAAUAGUCAACGAGGAAAACAAAAAAGAACCUGAUGAAUUCGUGAAUCAAAGUAUUGAAGACGAAGGAGCCACAAAUAACCCAGAUGAUAUCAAAAUAAAAGCCAGGAUCAAUGAGCAGCAGCACAAAUCAGAUGAAAUGGCAGUCGUUAUUCAGGACUUUGUUGCAAUGGCCAACGAGGAAAACAAAAAGAAACCUGAUGAAUUCGUGAAUCAAAGUUUUGAAGACGAGGGAGCCACAAAUAACCCAGAUGACAUUGAAAUAACAGCCAGGGUUAAUGAGCAGAAGUACGAAUCAAUUGAAAUGCCGGGAGUCGUUAUUCAAGGUAUUGAACAAGAAAAGCAAACAGAACUCUCAACUACUGACGAUAAAGAUCAUGAGAUUUCGGUUAGUUCAGUCGAGAAAAGCAGCUGCCAUCACGAAAACAAAAGGCAGCUUAACCGAAAACAAAUCCAACAAGAAGAAGGCUCAAACAAGAUGAAAAAAAAGCAACAUAAUGAAAACAAGACGUGCAAAUUAGUAGAACUGAAAAAAGAGCUGAAAGCCAAUGUUAUCAUUAGUCUAUUGUUUACGGCCUACGUUAUAGGAUGUGGCCCCACUUAUGUAGUCUGGACCUGGUUCGCAUUGGAUCCAAAGUCAGUCCCUCGAACGGCCUUUCUCUCGUUUCGCUUUCUUGCUGGAAUUCAGUCAGUCAUAAAUCCCUUUAUUUAUGGGUUUAUGAAUAGUGAGAUUAGAGCUGAUGUUUUGGCGUUGUGGAAAAAUGCGAGAUGCGUUUUUAGGAAACAAUAG